AGCGGUCGAUACGUAUUUACCAUCGCUGGGCCUUUCUCCGACUCGACACUCGCGCUGCGUCCCGCUGGUGACCUGCUUUCCUCGGAUCGUAACCUGUUUUGCUUGGAUAAAACGACAUUAAAGCUCCGCGAGUAGCUUCCGAAACACUCCCAUUCUAGUCAAGGCCAGGCGGAAGGGCAGACUGUUUGGCUGUCUGCUGAAGUGAUCCCGCCAUGCGUGAAUACAAGCUAGUGGUGUUAGGCUCUGGAGGUGUGGGCAAGUCCGCUCUGACAGUACAAUUUGUGCAGGGAAUCUUUGUGGAAAAAUAUGACCCGACAAUAGAAGACUCGUACAGAAAGCAAGUGGAGGUAGACGGGCAGCAAUGUAUGCUUGAAAUUCUCGACACAGCCGGCACAGAGCAGUUCACAGCAAUGAGGGACCUGUACAUGAAGAACGGCCAAGGCUUUGCCCUGGUUUACUCCAUCACAGCACAGUCCACCUUUAACGACCUCCAGGACCUGAGGGAACAGAUUCUACGAGUAAAGGACACAGAAGAUGUGCCGAUGAUCCUGGUGGGCAACAAGUGCGACUUGGAGGAUGAGCGUGUGGUGGGCAAGGAGCAGGGCCAGAACCUGGCCAGACAGUGGAACCACUGUGCCUUUUUAGAGUCCUCUGCUAAGUCAAAGAUCAACGUCCUUGAUAUCUUCUAUGACUUGGUCAGACAGAUAAAUAGGAAAACGCCAGUGGAAAAGAAAAAGGCAAAAAAGAAAUCCAACUGUGUGCUGCUUUAAAGACCCUCCCAUCCUAAAGCCCCUGCAGCAGCUCUGAGCCAGAAAUGCUGUAAUGAAGAACUGUUGCCCCGAUUGGAACGUGCCAGCAUUCCAACAGUCCUGCCCACCCUUCCCCUCCCGGCCUCCCCCUCUCCACCCCAUCAGCCACAAACGGUGAAUCAGCUGAGCGUCCACACCGCUCUAUCCUACACGAGAUGAGGAUGAAGUAUGACAUGGAGAGAAAAGAAAAAAAAAGAUCAAAGAGAAAGACAGUCGGCGAGAGAUGACUCUGCUCUCUGCCCCUGAGGACCUUCUUCCCAAUGUGUGUCUGCUGAAAGGACACAUUUGCUCCAUUUCUGCACCAAAAACCAAAAGGCCACAAACUGAUGACAACAGCGCAGGAAAUCUGUUAAAAGAAAGAAAUGAAAUGUCCACGAGCCGCCUAAACACGGCUCAAACGGCAGCCCCAGCCCAAGCCCCCGCCCCCUUCUUUUUUUGACACUUUUAACACACACACACACACACACACACACACACAAAA